AUGAUGGCCAUCCGAGAGCUCAAAGUGUGUCUUCUUGGGGACACUGGCGUGGGGAAGUCCAGCAUCGUGUGUCGAUUUGUCCAGGAUCACUUUGACCACAACAUCAGCCCGACCAUUGGGGCGUCUUUUAUGACCAAAACUGUGCCUUGUGGAAAUGAACUUCACAAGUUCCUCAUCUGGGACACUGCUGGUCAGGAACGGUUCCAUUCACUGGCCCCCAUGUACUAUCGUGGAUCUGCUGCAGCUGUCAUAGUGUACGACAUUACCAAGCAGGAUUCAUUUCAUACCUUGAAGAAAUGGGUGAAAGAGCUGAAAGAACAUGGUCCAGAAAACAUCGUGAUGGCCAUCGCUGGGAACAAGUGCGAUCUCUCAGACAUCAGGGAGGUGCCCUUGAAGGAUGCCAGGGAGUAUGCGGAGUCCAUUGGUGCCGUCGUAGUUGAGACAAGUGCAAAGAACGCGAUUAAUAUCGAAGAGCUCUUUCAAGGAAUCAGUCGCCAGAUUCCACCCCUGGACCCCCAUGAAAAUGGAAACAGUGGAUCCAUCAAACUGGGGAAGCCAACCUCGCAGGCCGGCCGGCGGUGCUGCUAA